AGUUUGUAUACGCAACUACAAUAACAUCAUAGUAUUUCAAGCGACCUGUCCUCAGGUAUCUCGAACUUUCAAAACAUGGAGAAGAAAAGCUCUUCAGUUCUCGAAAUCGAUGAAAAUAUAAUACGUAGAAAGCUAGUGUUAGAGGGAAAUGUGCCGCAGGAACUAGAUUCACUGUUUCCCAAGGCCUCGCCUUAUGAACGAGCCACUACAAUUAAACCUAAGCCUGGGAGCUGUGUGAAGACCUUUGAUGAUCAGAAGAAGAAAGUGUUCAUCAAUAUUUGCACUUCAGAUGCCAUCCCUGCUCCUGAAGAUAUUACUGAUCAAGAGCUGAUUGCCAUCCUCGAGUCGGAUGCACCGUCAGACUUCCGUGUGCCCAUGUCUAUUGGUGAACUGCACUAUGAGAAGGCAAAGUCUGGUGAAGAUUGUAUGGCAUUUGACGUCAUCAUUAAUGAGCAGUUUUUCCUCAAGAUGUUUGACGAUCCCCUCUUCCAUAAUUUUUUCAUGAUUGCUACUCUGGAGGGUAUAGAGGAAAAAUAUUCUCUCAAGUUAGACAAAAAUGGAUGGACUGUGCUGAAAAAUAAAAAGUACCAUGGAAGCAUGUCUGAGCAAACUGUUCGUACAACCAUCCCUCUAGUGCAAGAACUAAGUGGAGCAAGACAUUGGAAGCCAAAGGAUGUACCAAGCACUUCCUCGAGCACUUCUCCCACAGCAAACCCACCUAGCAAGCCACUUAUCACAGAACUUUCAACAAAAACCAUUGCAUCAAUCUCUGAGACAGCAGAAAAAUCCAAGCCAACAUUUUUGAUGAAAAAAGUUCAAGAAGAGAAUGGUCAUGAAGACUUGAUAGUUGAAGUCAAUUUGCCCAGCAUGGUAUCGGGUAAAGCUAUCAGUGUGGAUGUUGGAGAGGAUCGUUUAGUGGUCGAGAGCUCCAAGAAUCUCCUUGAUGUAUUUGUUCCAUUUUCCUUAGACAACGACAAUGCUGAGGCCCACUUCAUCACAUCGACAAGGGUUCUCAUUGUGAGAGUCCCAGUUCUUCAUGCAUAAUGCCUGCAAUUCAUAGGAUAAGAUUAACCAUUACUGUAUUCAUUACUAUUAAAUCUAUAAAAUUAAAACUUA